AUACUGCCUGUACCUAUACAGCAACACACACACUGUAACUCUGCAGUGAGAGGGCUAAGGCAGGAAGGAAAUGAGGAGACAGAGUGAGACUAAGAGAGAGAGAGAGAGAGAGAGAGAGAGAGAGAGAGAGAGAGAGAGAGAGAGAGAGAGAGAGACGGAGGGGAAAACAGCAGAUUCGGAGCACUGGGGUUUUCCACUGUGUAGGAUUUGAAUGAGAAGUAGGUAAAGCAGGAGAGGAACAUAUGCCGCCUCACAACGUUCAGACAGCAGAAAGAGAGCGGAGAUCAGAGGAAGAGAUGUACUCUGAGCGGAGGUACAUUUAAAAAAAAAAAAAAAAAGCUGUCAUUUCAAAGGUUAGGAGCCGUUUCAGAGUCGUUGUCGUCUUAGGUUCAGACACUUGACACACAAGUGGAGGACUGUAAUCGAAUGGGCAACAAAUGGCAACUAUAAAUUGCACAGAUGGCGAACACCUCGGGAAAAAUGGAAAAUGCUGCGAUCGCUGCCCUGCAGGACAAUACAAGCGCACUGACUGUGACAGCAAUAAGAAGACAAUUUGUGCCCAAUGUGCAAGCGGGUACUACACAGCCACUAUUAACUACCUGCCAAAAUGUCGCAAAUGCAUGGACUGCAGUGAAGUGAACAACCACGUGAGAGUAAAGGAGUGCACCACUCAAAAUGAUGCAGUGUGUGGGUGUAUGAGCAGUUUCUACUGUACAGAGGAGAAGUGUGAACACUGCAAGCCAGCCACCCGCUGUGCUCUGGGUUCAGGGGUCAGAGUUCAAGCUACUCACCCAAACGACACAAUCUGUGCUCCGUGUGAAGUCAGGACGUACAGCAACAAGUCAGAUUUCUCCGCCUGCCUCCCCCACACCAGAUGUGAGAACUUGGGAAGGGAAUAUAAAACCUCAGGAACCCGAAAAACUGAUGCCAUCUGUGGCGACUUCAUAUCUCAUUGUCACUGGAUGUUACCCGCCAGCCUGUGGUCAGGACUCGUGUUGACCGCGCUCAUCCUGUUUUGUCUGGUGUGCUGGAGGGGAAAGCGAAAAUCUUACAAACCAGAGAAAAAGGAAAAAGCAUUUUUGAAACCACCUUUCAAGACUACAGGAGACGGCAGUAUAUCCAUUUCUCUGAUGGAGAUGUUUCCAGCAGCACCCUUCACUCAGCUGCAGCCUUUACCGCAGAAUGGACACUGCCAGGAGAACUCCAAGCUACCACUGUUCAACCCAGAAGAAGACUAUGAGAUCAGCUGCAGCACACAGGACAGUGUGAACAGCUAUCAUCCCAUAACUCCACUGAAGGCCUCGGUGUCUUUUGCUGAAUCCACCCACACCAAUGGAAGUGCCGGAUACUGCACCGGUAUCCUCAGGACCGUCUCUGAGCCACAGGAGGACGAGUGGUGUGGGACAUAAACAAGUAAAUGUUGUUGUUACAGUGAAUGAUGAAGCUCAGAGUCAUUCUCCGGCUUGGAGUUGCUGCAACAAGUUUUCAAAACCCAAAAAAAACAAUUUGUUCCCCAAAACCUUUGAUCUAUUAUGCAAAAUCCACUUUUUCAUGUAUUUUAUACAUCAACAUGUGUCCCCUCUGUGUAAAGAGAUUCUCAAAGUUUCAGGAAAAAAGGUUCUCUCACUUUUUGUCCUGAUCCAUUUAUAUAAAAACCUGUCUGAAAAUGAGCUGAUCAGAUUUUGGCCACUUUAUGAUGUCAUAACGAUUUGUAUAUAUCUGAGACCUGUAAUAUAUUGAUGAAAAACUGCAUAAUAGGUGACCUUUUAAGGGUUGCUGAAUGUUUGCUGCCCCCUGCAGGACUUUACUGAGAAUUUCCGUGAUAUGUUUGUGAAUAAUUUACAAUGAAGCUAACAGCUUUAAAGAGUAUGUUUUUGUAAACACUGCUGCAGGCUCUGUUCCUGAGUCAGUCCGUUUGAUGUGAAAAAAAAAAAAAAAAAAACCCUGUCUGUGGUUUCAGCUACAGCUCAGUGGUGUUGAAUACGUUUGAGAAUAUCUUUCUUACUCAAGGCAAAUCCCAUCAAAAGGCCAAAGCCAACAAUGGGUGUAUCCUUCCAACAACUAUACUAACAUCUGAUUCCUCUGGGCCUUAGAGCUCCAUUGUUGAGCAUAAACACACUGAACGAACAAGAUAACAUGUUACUCCAUUACCAGGAUGAACUUAGACACUUCAUUUCUUUGCUGUUAUUAUACUGUUAAUGUAAAAUAAUCUGCAGAAGAAAAUAGACCCGGAUAAAUGCUGUAUUUGGUCCUGUUUCAGCAACUAUUGCUACAAACUAUGCCCAGCUGUUUCAGAAUAGAGUGAGACUUCUUUUAUUUUAAAUGAAAUCAAAUAUUUGUCGGCAAGACCCGGGUGUUUUUUAAUAAUGUUACACAUUCCUAAGAACAGAUGGGUUUGGGCUGAGUGCCAAAGGGUGCAGAGGGGUGAGAAACGAAGAGACUGAUUAACCCAUUGUUGGCCUUUCCAUGGGAUUUGUUAAGAAUAUGAAUAUAAGAGUUGUGUAAUGCUUAAUGUAAAGAAUAUUUUUGUAAUUAAAAUGUGUAGGAUAUCAGAUUGUACUUGUAUUGUUCCAACCCCAGCCAUUGAUGCAGGUUGUGAAUUAUUCAUGGCAGUUGUUGUUUUUUAAAGUCAAUGUAAUUACCCCUACAUUUUAGUAUUUAUGAAACUAUAUACAACUUUAAGAUGUGCAGCAAUACCACACACACAGGUUAAAACAAUUGCCAGAAAAUCUUCUUUAAAAGUAUUUUGUAAAGCACAUUUUGACCCCUGAUUCCUUAGUAUUCUCAAGACUUGUAAAAAAUGAAGAUAUGCAGCAAUACCACAUUUUAAAUCUUGGAGAAUGAUGUGAUGGAGUUAAAGAUGCAACAGCGACGACUGACAUAUGUAUGAUUUGUUUAUAACAUUGUGAAGAUAGAUAGUGCAAUAUAAGGAAGUAUGUAGCGGAUGUUUACACAAGUCAUUCUGCUCCUUCUGUUAGUACCACAACACAGAGACAAUUAAGAUUACAUAUUGGUAUUUUCACAUAAUAUUCAUUCUUAUGUUAAAAACAAUAAACAUGAUUCGAAUCUU